UCCCGAUCGGGCAUCAAGUGAAGCCUUGCUCGCUCAUCGCACCCACCCCUAUUUUCUAGUUAUCAGUUUGCAAGCCGACAAAUAACAAACAAUAAAAACAGAAUAGUUCAACGUUCCAUUCCGUUUCAGAUCAAGAUCAGACCCGCCCAUCAUGAAUGAUCUAAUACCGGUGUAACUCACGGGACUUUCUUCAUUGUUAUCAUCACCUUAGAAAAUUUGUUUUUCUUCAUCUGGAUUUUGAUUUUCUGUUUUCUGCGUGUGUGUGUGUGGAUGUGUUUUAACGCAAUGCUGUUACCGUCUUACGGAUUUCCUUCGAAUCUGUCCACUUCUCUGCGCCGAAGAACAGGCCUAUUCGUUUAGAAGCGGAUACAUUGCUGGCGGCUACGUCGUAAAACUUGAUAUCUCCUUCACCGUACGAUUGUUGUUGCUCUCCAACAAAAAACACACACACAAAAAAAAAAAACCUUGCGGCUUAAAAUUUGGGUUUGUUUUCUAGAGUUUCUCUGCCUUCCUUUUGUUUGCGUUUGUCAACACACUGGUUUCUUAUAUAUUAUUUUGGUCUUCUUAUCUGUUUCUUUUUUUUCUCUCUCUCUCUCUACUUCGACUGUCCGUCCCUUUCACUUGUUUCGCUAUCUAGCCAGUGAUAUACAGUGCGUCCGACCAAUCAAACGACAAUUUUUCGGGCUGUUGAUUCGUCAGCCAUCGUAAAUCAAGAAGAAAAGAAAAGAAAAAAAGGGGGUGACGCCCUUCUUAUCGACUAGUGACAUACAAGAAAUUCAAAAAGAAACAAACUUAUAAUUCACAGCCACGUCGGCCGAACAGAUGUUUCGCCAUUUUGUGCUUAGUGUUUUUAUAGAUUAGUGCGACCAUAAGUUGCUUCGUAUUCCUUCGUAUUCCUGCUGUGAAUCGGUUCUUUGAUCGUCAUAUAUCAGAAAUUCUACGUUUGAAAAUUAUUUUCUCGUUCAAGUGCCGCAGACAUUUUUAUCGGUUGGUUCUCAUUUUUUUUUUUGUUGAUCAACAUCUCCAUCGCUGAUAUCUUAUGACAUUUCCUAUCCAGACGAGAGAGCUUCACUUAAUGUUGAAUCUUCUGAUAUGGAGCAUUCAGCAUUCAAGCCAUUGAUGAUCCGCCAGUCCAGCCUCACCCGCUUGGGCUCCAUGCUGAACACAGCCGUCGGACACAGCAAAAAACCAGCUAAUGGCGAAAUACAGUGGUGCUUCUCUCAAGUUAAAGGCACUCUAGAUGAUGAAAUCACUGAAGCUGACAUAAUUUCCUGUGUGGAAUUCAAUCAUGAUGGAGAUUUGCUGGCCACUGGUGAUAAAGGUGGACGGGUUGUCAUCUUUCAGAGAGACCCAGGGUCAAAAACAUCAGUACCUAAACGAGGAGAGUACAAUGUCUACAGUACUUUUCAGAGCCAUGAACCUGAGUUCGAUUACCUCAAGUCGUUGGAAAUUGAGGAAAAAAUCAAUAAAAUUCGAUGGCUAAGGCGGAAGAAUCCAGCCCAUUUUCUCCUCUCGACAAAUGACAAGACAAUCAAGUUGUGGAAAGUGUCAGAACGAGACAAAAGAGCAGAAGGGUACAACCUGAAAGACGAGGCAGGUGAAAUGAAGGAUAAAGGGGUCUUAACAGGACUAAGGGUGCCGGUAUUGAAGCCAAUGGAACUAAUGGUUGAAGCAUCACCACGUCGCAUUUAUGCGAACGCACACACGUAUCACAUUAAUUCGAUCUCCGUCAACUCAGAUGCCGAAACCUAUUUAUCUGCCGACGAUUUGCGUAUCAAUUUGUGGCAUCUAGAUAUCACAGAUCAGAGUUUCAACAUAGUCGACAUUAAACCAGCAAAUAUGGAAGAGUUGACUGAAGUCAUCACCGCCUCCGAAUUCCACCCGACAGACUGCAACCACUUUGUGUACAGUUCCAGCAAGGGCCUCAUACGUCUCUGUGACAUGCGGAUGGCCGCUUUGUGUGACAGACACGCCAAACUGUUUGAAGAGCCAGAAGAUCCCGCUAACCGCAGCUUCUUCUCUGAAAUCAUAUCCAGCAUUUCCGAUGUGAAGUUUUCGCGCUCUGGUCGGUACAUGCUAUCCCGAGAUUAUCUUAGUGUGAAAGUGUGGGACUUGCACAUGGAAACGAAGCCGAUUGAGACAUAUCCAGUGCACGAAUACCUCCGUUCCAAACUCUGUUCACUCUACGAAAACGAUUGUAUUUUUGACAAGUUCGAGUGCUGCUGGGGCAACAACGACCAGGCCGUUUUAACUGGGUCGUAUAACAAUUUCUUCCGCAUGUUUGACCGCACUUCCAAACGCGAUGUCACAUUGGAGGCUUCGAGAGAAAUUGCAAGGCCAAAGACGACACUAAAAGCUAAGAAGAUUUGUUCGGGAGGCAAGCGGAAAAAGGAUGAGGUCAGUGUAGACAGUUUGGACUUUAAUAAGAAAAUACUUCACACUGCCUGGCAUCCAACCGAGAACAUCAUUGCCGUAGCGGCUACAAAUAACCUGUUCAUAUUCCAAGACAAAUUUUGAAGACACAAGGAGGAAGAGAAAAAAAAAAGAAAGAUGAGAGAAGAGGCCAGCCGGAAGUGUUCAGAGAUUAUUAAACGAGGCUUGAAGAAAUCGAAAGAACAAAAAAAUAAAAUAAAAAAAGCAAAAAAAAAAAAAAAAAAAAGGGUUUGAAAGAGGGAAUUGGCUCGUCUUGUGUGUUGCCUGAAAAUUGCUUCCGAAAUGACAAUUCUUCAUUUUGUGUUCCAAGAUGAAUGGCAGUCGAGCCAGCAGCAAAAGGAAUACUGUAAAGCAACACAGCCAAAUCGUUCAUCUUUUGCCAUUGGACGACUUUGCCCUUAGCAUGUCCUUUUUUUUUUUUUUUUUUUUUUUUUUUUUUUUUUCUUCUUCUCUCAUUCUUCUCUCAAUCUUCUAUGUUUCGGAACAAAAUGGAAACGGCUGACUAUAGCGACUAUACAAAGUUUCCCCCUCUUUGCUUCUAAGGCUCUGUUACCUUCCACAUCUUGAAACGCUGCUAUAGCGUCCGUCUAUUGAAUGCUCUCCACAGCCCUUAAACCUGACUGACCGACGGUCAUCUAUGUCAAUGGUCCCCAUUUUUUUUUUUCUCCAAACAAAAUUUGCUCUCCGCUGCGUGUCAAAAUGUUUUAUUUAUUUAUUUUGCCUUCCGCCAUUGGCCUAGAAUUUCUGUCUCUUGCCCCCUUCCCUUGCUCUCGACCCACUUUUUUUGCUCCCUGCUCGAGUCGCUAUAGUCGAGCGAUCUACCAAGCAGAUCUGACAGUUUCUUUCGUCGUCGUAGGACAUUGUCUUCCCGAAGAGUUAGUAUCGAGAGUGAGGUUUAAAAAUCGACUGUGAGAGAAAGUGAAUGGAUGUGAUCAAAAAGGCUACAAAUGGUUCAAUUCCCGCCCCGAUUCGCGAGAAUUGAUUCUUCCCAAGAGGGCGUCCAUUUCAAGCCUAGUCAGCUCAAGAGACUUCUUUUUUCUUUUUCUUCUUCGUCUUCUCUGCGUGUAGGUUUCGUGUCGGAAAUAGGGAAUGGAAAUAAAAUUUUGAGGGAAGAGCCAUGAUAUUAAUUCAUGAGGAAUGAAAUAAGAAGACAAAUGUGGCGGAGUACAAUUUCUCGACUCUCUAUGCCUAUUUUGCUACAGUGCAUCUCUUUCACCAUGUUUCUUGUACACUUCUAAAGUUUUUCAACACUUUGCGUGCUCGGAGGGUGGUCCAAAACAUCGGCGAAAAGGUUUUAAAAAAAACCCGGAAGAACUGAAAUUCGAGAAACGUUCUUAAGGAACAAAAUCACGUCAUAUAUAUAUUUUUUUUUUCAGAAAAGAAUCAGUUCCCUCCAUCAGACAAAAUGUAUCCAUCACCUCUAUUUCUAAUCUAACCGCACUUACGCCAUCCCCUGCGGUGUAACACCGACAUGGUUCUCGUGUAAUUUCCCUUUCACAUCCCGUCAUGCUCUCCGAUUUCUUUAUUAUUAUUUUUUUUUCCUCAGAGAUGGCUAAUCCAUUUCUUUAUUGUAACUUUUUUUCGAUACUAGAUUCACUUCAAAUCCAAUCUUGUGUUGAUGAUAUGAUUUUUGUCUUUUCACUUCUUCCCCAUUCUUCCUCUCUUAUACGUGUGAAGUCGGCCACGUUGUGUACGUUGUACAGAUGUGUCUUUUUUGGUAGCAUGUGGAACAAUACACUGACCUUUUAUGA